AUGUGGGCCGAGCUGUUGCUUCUGCCGCGCAGGGCCGGGCCGCGGCUGCUGGCGCCGCUCCGCCGGCGGCACCGGGCGGCGGCCGCCAUGAGGCUGCAGUCGCCGCAGUUCCAGGCGCUCUUCACGCCGGGGCUCCGCAGCGUGGCAGAAAUGUUUGAGAAGAAGAGCUACGAGCUGAGGAUAGCAGGAGGUGCUGUGAGGGAUCUGCUCAGCGGGGUGACGCCGCAGGACAUCGACUUUGCCACUACAGCCACACCAGCAGAGAUGAAGGAGAUGUUCACAGCUGCUGGUGUUCGUCUGAUCAACAACAAGGGAGAAAGACAUGGAACCAUAACUGCCAGGCUCCAUGACCAGAACUUUGAGAUCACCACUCUGAGGAUAGAUAUCGUCACCGACGGCCGCCACGCCGAGGUGGAGUUCACCACUGACUGGCACAAGGAUGCUGAAAGGAGGGACCUGACUGUCAACUCCAUGUUUUUAGGUUUGGAUGGGAUGCUGUAUGACUUUUUUAAUGGCUAUGAAGACUUGAAGAACAAGAGGAUCAGAUUUGUGGGGAAGGCAAGUGAGAGAAUACAAGAAGAUUAUUUGCGAAUCCUGAGAUACUUCAGGUUUUAUGGAAGAAUUGCAGAAAAUGCUGGUGAUCAUGAGGCUGAGACACUGCAGGCCAUUAAAGAGAAUGCCAAAGGUUUGGCUGGAAUAUCAGGAGAGAGGAUUUGGGUGGAACUGAAAAAAGUGCUGCUUGGAAACCACGUCAGUCAUUUGGUUCGCCUCAUGUACGAGCUGGAUGUUGCCCAGUACGUAGGCUUGCCUCUCGAUGGAGAUUUAGAGGAAUUUGACAGAGUCACUAAAAAUAUUGCACAGCUGUCUCCAAAACCAAUGACUGUUCUGACAGCACUCUUCAAGGUGAAGGAGGAUGUCACCAACCUUGAUCUGAGGCUGAAAAUCUCCAAAGAGGAGAAGAACCUUGGCCUGUUUUUAGUGAAGCACCGACAGGAGUUAACCAAAGCGUCAGGUCCAGAACCUCUCAGACCCUACCAGGACUUCAUCAUGGAUUCUAGGGAAGCCAACACCAUCUCCAAGAUCUGUGAGCUCCUCAAAUACCAAGGAGAAGAACAUCUUCUGCAAGAGAUGCAGCAAUGGACUGUCCCUGUUUUCCCUGUCAGUGGCCAUGACCUCAGAAAGCUGGGGGUGUCUUCUGGGAAAGACAUUGGAGCUGCCUUGCAGCAGUUACGGGAGGAGUGGAAGAAGAGUGGCUACCACAUGGAUAAAGAGGAGCUGCUGAGCUGCCUGAAGAGGCUGGACAACUGAGUAACAGUGGCGAGCUCCUCCUGCCCUGCUCUGUGUGGAACUCAGCAUUGGCACCUGCCGCAGGGAAGACCUUCAGCCAGCAGGGUCCUGCUGUUCCUAACCCAUCCUUUCCACGAGGAGAGGUUCAGUUCUGUGCUAAUGUAAAACCUGCUCUGCCAAAUUUCACACCCUCGAGCUCUGGCUGUGUUCUGAUGUUAAAUGGCACUUCUUUGGCAGGACUCUGGAGUACUGCAGGUAACACCAGGAUGGUUUUGGUUAUACUUGAGAAGAAGAAAAAACAACAACAACCUUAAAAAGGUGGGGUUUUUCCUUAUGUCAUCUGGAUAUCAUCAGGUAUGGUUUUUGUCUAGAAUGACAAGGCCUCUUGAAAUGAGGAGCUCUGACUCCUCCUGCAGUUGGAGGUCAGCAGCAGUGCUGACUCCAGCCUUACUAUGUAAACGUAGAGUCUGUUGGCUGUACAGGUUUGUACUUUUCAGAUUUCCAGGAGCAGCUCUGGAGUUAAAGGGGGACUGGGGUGAGCCAGUAUCACCACCUUCUUGUCCCUGCACCAGUUGUUUCAGUAGUUUGUUUAGCAUUGAGGAACUAAAUCCUCGGGGAAGUGGUGAAGGGCUCUGCAGUCUUUGCAGCUUUAUGUGGGAAGCUCUGGAUAAGAGUGGAAGGGAAAGGAACAUGGAGUGUGGGCAGGAGGACAAGGGAGAUUCUCCUGCCCCUCUGGACUCCUC